AUGCUGCUGCAGCCCGCGCCCCGCGCCCCGGGCGCGUCGCCCAAGGACACGACGUUCACCAAGCUGUUCGUGGGCGGCCUGCCCUACCACACCACCGACGCCUCGCUGCGCAGCCACUUCCAGGGCUUCGGCGACAUCGACGAGGCCGUCGUCAUCACCGACAGGCUCACCGGCAGGUCGCGCGGAUACGGAUUCGUGACCAUGACCGACCGCGCAGCCGCCGAGAGGGCUUGCAAGGACCCUAACCCCAACAUCGACGGCCGGAAGGCCAACGUCAACCUGGCCUAUCUGGGCGCCAAGCCCCGGAGCCUGCAGCCGGGCUUCGCCAUUGGCCUCCAGCAAUUACAGCCCACGUUGAUCCAGAGGACUUAUGGGCUCGCACCCCACUACAUCUACCCUUCGACCAUCGUCCAGCCCGGCAUGGUGAUCCCGGCCACCCCCGUCCCCUCGCUGUCCUCGCCCUACGUGGAGUACCCGCUGCCCAGCCCGGCCUACACCUAUCAGCCCCCCUACGAGCAGCCCCCCUAUGCCGCCACGCACCCCGCUACGGCCAGCUUUGUGGGCUACGGCUACACGGCCACUCUACCCUCCGCCAUGUCCACGGUGCCCGCAGGCCCCGCCUUCAUGCAGUACCAGCCACCGCCACCACCGCUGCCUGACCGGAUGCAGUGAGGAGCCAAAGGGGAGCACUCAGCGGGGAGCACCCCCACCGUACACGUGGCCUCCCAUCCUGAGGGCCCCAUAAACCCUCCCCCCAGGUGCCUUAUUCAAGGGG